UCGCCCUCGCCGACCCCCAGCGUCGGGGAGACGGACGCGGCGACGCACUUGGAGCGCCGCGGAGACGGAGAACAGUACGAGGAGAUGCCCGAUCUUGUGCUGCCAUCUAUCGAAAGAGAAUCGGAUUCGUCCCCCUCGGUGCUCGGCGAGCAGUCGGAUGAGGCAGGUGACAGUAUGUAUCAUCUUGAUAGUGUGGAGAUGGUUCGGCAAAGUGAGUUCCUGCGACAGGAGGAUGGCGAGGAGUGUGCUGAACUGGCGGGGAAUGAGCCAAGGAUAGAGAGUGACGGCUGUUACGGGCUGAGUGAUAGUGUGCCACAGUCGGAGCGCCCGCAGCAAGCAGAAGGGAAGCAAGGCCAGGACAGCUUUGGAUCGGACGACGGCUUCGACUGGACGAACAUGGUUCAGGACGAGGCUUCAGACCAUGCGGUCCCCUCUGGUCAAUUCGGAAACAUAGUGACUCCCGCUGAUGACCUUGAAAAUCUAAAGAGACCUGGUGAUAAGUCUGAAGACGUCCAAACAUCCGGUGAUGACUUUGGGGACUUUGCGGUGCCAACAGAUAAUCCUGACGACCUUGCAGUGCCGCCAGGCGAUUAUAGAGAUUUUGGCGCGUCCAAUGAUGAUUUCGGAGACUUCGCGGUGCCUUCGGACGACUUCGGGGAUUUCGCGGCACCUGCCGGUGCCCUGGCGUCGACAGAGGACGCAUUUGGCGAGUUCUCGGGCGGCGAUGGUGGGGAGCCGGCCGGCGGGUUCGCCGACUUCGGCGCCGUCUUCGCCGCGUCGCCACACGGCGAGCCGGCGUCGUCACCAGUUUCGCGGCAGCUGGCCGACCCGGCCGACUUUGGUGACGACGAGUUCGGCGACUUUGAGCGGUACCAGACGCCGACCCUGCCGGAGCCGACGCUCGCUGGAGACACGGAGGUGUUUACGGCCGUGCUAGCGGGCCUGUUCCCGCUGCUGGCCGAGGAGCGGGAGCCGGCUGCCACGCCGCUGGACUCCAGCGCCGUCUGGUACCAGCUGAGGGACGCAGAAGCCACGGCCGCCCUCCAGUAUCGCUGGAUUGGGUCGCGCGCCAACACCGACCUGCUGCGCGCACUGCGUGUGGACGCCAACAACAUUAUCAGUUUCGGCGGAUGGGGCGGCCGGGCGGCGGGCCUGUUCGCCGCAGGUCUGGACGGCGAGCCGAUGCAGCCGACCCGAGGUUCACCGCCCGAGCGCCGCCACGAGCAGCCGGCGCCGGCGCCACGCGAGGUUCCUCCAGCUGCUUUCGACUGGAACAGCUCCGGGCUGAAAAACCCGCUGGAGCCGGCAGAGCCGGGCUCCUACAGCCUGCUGGACCUGGACGUGUUUGAUACUAACAGCAGCCCGGCGGCGGCGCCUAACACGUUCCUCUCUUUUCCGGCCUGCUGGUCUUCCGUAGCUGUUGUCGGCAUGCUGGGGCUGGUGUCGCACCUCUCCACGGCCGGGCCGCCGCUCUCGGAGGAGGCCUCCCGCCUGCUGGCCCGCCUGCCCAACAUCGACUUCAUGCAGGCCAAGGUGCUCAUGUUCCCGGUGCGUGGCGACUGA